GUCGGAGAAGAAGAAGUGUGUCAUCGCGGAGCUGUUUCCGGUGCUACGUGUAAACAAAGCCCGUUAGCGGCUCCGUUAGCGGCUUCGUGAGGACGGACCGGCGGAAAUCAGAAUCCGCGGAUUCGGUUACGAGAAAGUGGGUGAUGGAGUGAGCAGAGCCGGCGGGAUGUCCAUGGAAGACCCGUUCUUCGUCGUCAAAGGCGAGGUGCAGAAAGCAGUCAACGCUGCUCAGAGCCUCCAUCAUAGAUGGAGCGAACUGAUGGCGGAGGGAGGCGGAGCCUCCAAGGAGGAGAUAGACUGGACGACCAAUGAGCUGAGGAACAGCCUGCGCUCCAUCGAGUGGGACCUAGAGGACCUUGACGAGACAAUCAGCAUUGUCGAGUCAAACCCAAAGAAGUUCAACCUGGAUGCUGCCGAGCUGUCGAAGAGGAAGGCCUUCAUCAACAGCACGCGAGUUGCCGUCAAGGAAAUGAAAGAUCAGAUGUCGAUUCCACCUGCUGCUUCUGACCGAAAGAACAAACAGGCUCUGCUGGGUGAACGUGGUGCUCAGGGCCCCAUAUGGCAGCCUGGUGCAGAUAAGUACAGCCGACUGGACCACCAGCUGCAGAACGCCAACUCUCAGUUCAUCGAGGAACAGCAGGUCCAGCAGCAGCUGAUUGCGGAGCAGCAGGAGGAGCAGCUGGAGCUUGUGUCGGGAACCAUCGGAGUCCUGAAGAACAUGUCGGAGCGAAUCGGCAUGGAGCUGGAUGAGCAGGCCGUGAUGUUGGAUGACUUUGGCCAUGAAAUGGACAACACUCAGUCCAAACUGGACAACGUGAUGAAGAAGCUCGCCAAGGUGUCCCACAUGACCAGCGAUCGUCGUCAGUGGUGUGCCAUCGGCGUGCUGCUUACCAUCCUCUUCAUCAUCAUUCUCCUUUUCUUUAUCCUCUGAUCAAUGCCUCCACCUAUCGACAUGAAAUCUUAAUCCCGUUUACUGGACUCCAUUUGUACUCUACUGAACAUUCUUUGGACUAUGCUGAACUUUAUUUAGACUCUAAUGGACUCUUCCUGCUGAUCGGGAAUGAACAGCACUUUUGGUUCCUUGAGUGUUUAACUGUUAGAACCACCUCAGAGGUCAAAGGUCAUGUUUGGUGUGGUUUUGUUUGGUUGUUCUUUUUAUUUAAAACUGAAAAUAACAAGUUUCACUCGAGUUUAAUGUGGACUUAUUCUGCUCCUUUGCACAGUAGCUUUGCGUGAGUUACAGCUCAAAGUAAUCAUUCUUUCAUUUGAUACUAGGCCUUGGUGCAGCCCCUCAAUUUAUCCUCCCAACGCUUCAAGACAGUCUUAUUGGCUGCCCCUCAUAAACAGAAGGUAUGAACAGCAGGUGGGUGGGGCUUCUAUCCUCUCUCUGUGGCAUCUUCCAGAUUCAAGGGUAGAAAAAAUGUUGAGAGUAGUCUGGGCUCUUGGCUCACAGGGAAAACUAUAUCCUCCUGAGAACCAAGGAAAAAUGAAUCUUUUUGUGAUUUCCUUCCUUUUUGGAGCUAAAAGAGGCCUCCCAGACACAUGAGAUCUAAAUGGAAAGCCCGGGAUGUCCUCUAUUUAGUACGUCAGGACUUAGUAGGGUAGAACAAAUAAUUCAAAACAUAUAGACCAAAAACAAAUGUCCAUUAGAGAGGAAAUGAUGAAUAGGAUGGUUCUCAGGAGGGUAUGAACUGUGACCUAAUUAGAAACUUUAAUAGAAACAUCGAUCACAGGAGCAGAAGACACAUGACAGGAAGUGAGGAGAGCAGGUCCACUUUAAAGACACUUUUAUCCAGUUGUGUUAAAUACUAAUUUUAAUUUAAUGUCAGAGUUUAACUCACGUUUAGUUCAGUUCAAACUGGUUUAGUUCAGUUUGAACUUCAUGGCAGUACUUUACACCUAAAGUAGAAACACUAAAAUUCCUGUUUUGUUUUUUGACUGAAACCGUUUUAUUUUAUUGUCUUUUUUAUUUCUGUUUCCUGUAUUUAUCACAUGUGCAGCAUAUUGAGUGACUUAUUGACCUGUGGAUGACUUCCUGUGGCUCCUUUAGUGUAAUAUCCUGAAGGCUGGUGAGCAAGUUAGUUAAAACAUGAAAAUGGAUGACGGCAGCAACAGCCAGUCACAUUGUCCUAGAUAUCGGGUUUAUGGUACGCCGUGACAGUGGCAAUUCUCCUGCGGCCGCUAAAAUGUUUCCUGAAUAAAUGAUCUCAGUGUUCUGAUGUCUGACUGAAACACAAAACAAACUGAAAUAAAGAUUGUGACAAACCUGAAA